AUGAGCAGACGUGAGACUGGACGCGUAAAUCAGAAGAAGACAAAGGAGGAGAAAGUCCAACGUGGUGAGGCAAUCCGCGAGGCAGUUACUAAAUUCGAUAGAAUUUACGUUCUCCGCUUCUCUUCAGAAUCAACAGAACCACAGACAGCCCUUCGUCGUAAUUUCCGCUCUUCAAAUCUCUGCCGUGACAAGAAGACAAUUAUAUCACAUUCUAUUGGUGCUACACCAGAAACAGAAGCUCGUCCAGGUUUAUCUGGCCUUCUUCAAUAUCUUGCAGGUAAUACCGGCCUUUUCAUGACAAAUGAAGACGACAAUACAGUACGUGAAUACCUCCAAUCAAUGACACAGCCAGAAUUUGCAAAGGCCGGAUUUAUUGCUACAGAAGAUUUCACAGUUCCAGAGGGACCACUUCCACAGUUCACAUUCUCUAUGGAUGGUUACCUCCGUGAAUUAGGCCUUCCUGUUCAGCUUGAAAAUGGUACAAUUUUCAAUGUUCGUGAUCAUAAAGUUUGCACAGCUGGUGAACCACUUACAAAGAACCAAGCUCAAUUACUUAAGCAUUUCAACAUUAAGAUGGAUACUUAUAAAGUUGAGCCAGUUGCUGUUUGGUACAAUGGUGAAGUUAAGGCUUUUUAA